AUGGCCAGGGUCCAAUCCCCGGCGACACACAAGCCUCUGCUGGAGGCUUCCACACCUCCCCGUCUCUCGCCGACCAGGCCACAAAGUUCUCAAAGGUAUAUCUCAUUAUCUCGAGUUAGGGCUUUUGGUAGAUCUGUAUUGUCCGACUCUGGUCUAAAAACUGCAAACGUGUAUGGAUACAUGGAUUUGAUGCGCACUUCUUUGCUGCAUGCUUUUGCAUCUGUUAAUGGGGGCAUGAUUGGGACUUGCAUCAUGAAGGCUGCACAGUUUGGACCUUGGUCAGAUCUUCCUACCGAACUCCUGGGCCUUGUCCUAAAGCGCCUCGAUUCCCUAGCUGACCGUGUUCAUCUGAGAGCAGUCUGUCACCCAUGGCGCUCUAAUAGUAUGUUGCAGAAUCUUUCCCUCCCAUUCCCUUGGCUCACCCUCACCGAUGGAACCUUCCUCUGCAUCCCAAGCAGUGAGGUUCACCGCAUGCCUCUACCAGAUGGUGCUCGUUGGCACGGCUCCAUUGAUAACAGGCUAUUCCUCAUAAGCUGUGAUGGUGCGUGUUCAUUGCUAAACCCUUUUUCCAAGAGCACACUGGAGCUUCGUAAUCUUGCAAGUGUUUGGCAGCGCGAGAUAGAUAACCAUGCUGAAUAUACUCAUGAUCCAGUUUCCUAUAAGUUAGUGGCGCCCUCGCCUCUGGAAUCAUCACCCAAGUCCCUUGUUGCUGCGUUGUUCAUCGGCAAUUGUUAUUCUGUUGAUCUUUGUGUCGUUCAACCACCUGCCACCACUUACUCAUUCAGAGGUAUACGUACUGCACUGGGGGAGCCACCAACAUUAGUGGACCUUGCAUUCUUGGAUGGAAGGUUGUAUGUGGUAUCUGGAUUUUUCAAGCUUUUCGUCGUUGCUUUUGGUGAGAACCUUGGUACUUAUCCAAAGAUGAAAUGCGUAAUUGCCUCUGGUGGUGAUUGUGGAACGCCUCAAUACCUGUCUAAGAAGGUGCUUUAUGGACUCAGCCUGUAUUUAGUGGAAUGUGGUGGUAGGCUGCUGAUGGUGCAAAGAUUUACACACUCACAGGGUUUUGGGAAUUCUCACACUGUUGGAUUUAAUGUCCUUGAGGCAGACUUGCGCACUAACCCUGGUCAGUGGAGAACGGUGAGUGAUUUGGGUGGCCACGCACUCUUUCUUGGUAAGCAAAGCUCAAAGUCCCUGCCUGCUGCAGAAUGCAGUGGAUCCCAGGAGGACUGCAUCUACUUCAUCUGCGAUUAUCCUUGUCCAGAGUCUUAUGCAGAACCUCUUCGCGACACUGGCAUAUACAACGUGAGAAGUGGGAUGAUAAUGCCAUUGCAUUUAAGGAAUCCUGCAGUACCGCAACGCCAAGCUGGUCAGUGGGGCCUGACCUGGUUUCUUCCUUCUGAAGCUAUAUGA